CUGGAAGAGAAAGAACAUCGUGAGCAGGAAGAAGCGAGGAAGAGGACAUCUCCGGCGCCAACCCCAUUGGAACCCACUGUCAUGAUACCGCAGACAGAUAAUACAGACGGGCAUCAUCUACCCAGCACCACUCAGACAAAUGGGAGCCCUGGACAGCAAGGCUUAACUCUGGAGUUGCCAUCCCAAAAUGGGCUUGACCCCGACUCUGAAUCUCCGCAGGCGGAGAUGAGUACUUGGAUGCGAGUGAUCAAUGCUGCUGCUGCGUCCGCCCUCACCCCCCAAGACCCCGCGGAAGACCAGCCUGCACUCAUCAGCAAAGGCAUGACACGAGCCAUGACGAUGCCAGCCGGGCCCCCGCACAGCGCCUCGGAAGGAACUGUCACCCUGCGUAGCAAAGAGGCGAAGGAGAAGGACCGGGAGAAACGUUUCAGUUUUUUCAAGAAGAAUAAAUAGGAGUCCUUGGUGGGAGAGGGGCAGGGGGGCUCUGCUGCUGUUGGCAAAAUCUGUACAGGCCUGAGCAGUGAUAUGGGGUGUGGCGAGGGGCUUGAGUUCGGCAAGGGGAGCCAGGUUGGGGGUGUAACCAAAGUGGCCGUCGCUCUUUUCUUAAAAUUCCUGCAGAUUGCAUGAAGCAUCUCUGACGUUUACAAGGAAUGCCUUCCGUUCCAGGCCCCCUUCCUUCCCCGUAACAAAGAGAAACCAAAACCAUCGUCUUGGUUGAAACAGGAGGGUGACCACAGUGGCAAAGACGGUUAUGGAGGUGCAAAAGGGUGGGGAAAGACCUCCCCAGGAAUGGGGCAGCAGAUUGUCAGAUGCUGGACAUCUAGUGGGGAUUGGGGGGGGGCGGUGCGGUGUCCGUGGGUCUGGGCUAACAGGCCACAGAAAGAGAGGUGGCAUGGGGCUGAUCCCAGACUGGCGUUUUUAACGACGUUGGCCUUUUUGUGGGUUCUGGUAGAAGCGACACCCUUGGAAGUUCCACAGGUACAAAAUUCAGGCUUCCAGAGUCGAUUCUACUACCUUUGCUCACUCUCUUCCUCCUCCUCCUCCUUUUCCGUCAUCUCUGCUCCAAGGCUGUUAAGAUUCUCUCUCCUCCCUCUCUGCAGGCAAAAUCUUGUUGGAAUAAAAAAAAAAAGGAAACAGUCUAUGCGCCACUUCGGCCCCGCGCAAACCCAAGAAAAGCCUCUUCUAAACAUCCGAACAAUCCCCCUCCCCCUUUCAAAGUCCCGUCUGUAUACACACUUCAUGUGCACGCACACACACCCUCUAAAAAUCGAACCGAGGAUGCGCAACGCUGUGCCGUUCGUCCCCGGAGCUUAAGCACUGCUUGUGCGUCUGUAGUUUAGGAAGUGCGCCUCCUUCGGUGGGAAAUGAAGCCGGGCCAAGAAUGCUGAGCUUGCAAUGUGCCUGGUGCUCUUCGCACAUAUUUCUACGGCUUGCCGUAUCCUGGAGGCAACAAGGUAUGGAGGCAGGAGGGCAAAAACAUUGGGGAGGAUGAUACCCCAAUGUCUUGAGACUGGGCUGCCCGCCCGCCAAAGUUGCCUCCCGCUUCCUAAAAGUUCGAAUCUCUUAGGCGCUCCAGAAUAAGUGGGGGAUCGUCCGUGAUCAUCCCCGAUGCUUGCUAAGAGGUUCUCAUAGGAAACCUGAGCUAGAUCCCUCUCGACCCAGGGAGCAGCGAUCAAUGCCAUCCUCCCCCCCACUUUGCUUUAAAAUCCCCCCCCCAAUCCACGCCAAACAUGGCAGCGCUGUUAUCACCAAUUCUGUUUUGGAUUUUGCAUUCUUUGGGCAAAACUUCCCCCCCGACUAGCACCCUCCAGCCCGGGCAAUGCCGGCUGAGAAAAUCGGAAGGCGAGGUUCCAAUGCACUUGAUGGAUCUCCAAGGUUGGGAAGGCCAGUUUCAUAGCCUCCCUCCAGCCACUAUUCUAUGCAAAAUUCAUCGACCCAUAGACCCCCCCCCCUUUUGUUAAGUCCUCAGAAUUAGGACAAAAAAAAAAUCUUCCUACCAAUAAAGAUCGCCAAGUGGUGGAGUUUCCUUUCCUCAGGCAAACAGCAUCGCUCUCCAGUUGAUCACUUAAGAAAUUUUAAAAUUGUCCCCUGUGGCUACGUGUCACAGAUCUCUCCCCCCCACCCCAGUGAGCCCAUGCUCUACCAAUGGCAGAAGAGAACAGCUUGCAGGACCUAACAUAGAAACAGGAAGGUGAAAAUUUUCCCUAGAGCUGCUGUAUUGCCAUGAAAUUCUCACUCAUCCACUGACAAGCACCCAGGUUGGCACAUUGGAUUGGCUGGACAGUUGCUUGCCAGGGUUUCAUGGACCUCCCCCACUCUUCUCUUCCUAUCUCCCUGGUCUUGGUCCCUGGACCUGGGUGUGCCUUCCAUUUGUCCUCUGAUUGUCGCCCUGCAUUGCCACCUCGCCUCUGCAGCCUUGCCUGGCGCAGAGAGCAUCGCCUCUCUUCCCUUCGGGCACAAAGGACGCCGAAAAGCAAGUCUUGGGCGCACGGAUGGAGUUGCAGAAAGACCCAGAGGGACGGCCUGCCUGCCUUACGAUGUGCAGGAAUGUUGUUCUUUUUUUUCUUUUCCAUGCUGCUUAGAGGAGGGGAGGGGGGGAAAGAGGCCUGGCCUACAAGUGAAACACCCUUGCCUUCUCGGCACGCCCCCUCAAGGGCCCCCAGCAGUGUUCUCUGUGCUUGUUGGGGACUGUUAUCCAUGUUUGCAGUGACAUCUGUUUCAAUAUUUUUUUUGGGAGAAAUAAAAAAAAGAAUCUGUG